AGACGACGAAAUGAUAUACAUGGGUGAUGAAGAUAGUUUUGUUGUAACUGAUGCCAAACCUGUUUCAAAAUAUUCAUUCCGACUUCGACAUACGACAGAAGGUGAUGAUAGUCCAUUUAGUGAUUCUGUCCACGUGGAAACACCAGAAUCAGGUAUUGUUAUUUGAUGCAAUUUACUUCGGACCAAAAAUUUCAACACUUGGAAAAUGUAUAGCACGAGUGGUGUCAUAUAGACAGCCCAGCAAAAUGUGUAUUCACUAAAAUGGAUUAAACGCUUAAAAAUACGUAUAAAGUUUAUGAUGUAAGUAAUAAUGUAUGUGAUACAAUGACGUAAACAUCGGAAUCUGUAUGUAUAAUGAGGUCAGGGCAUUUUUUAACUAUAUAACUACUGGGGCAUUUACCCCAGUAGGCCCUUUGCUCGCCCCAGUAGUGAAGCAUGAUUUUCAGAUGAACUGGGCCCUUUUGAUCAUCAGUAAAAAGUCAACCUUGUUGAAAAAGCCGCAUCUGCCUGCUUUCUCAUAUCCUCUCGCUUUCUCGACAUUCCAUCUUAUAUAAGUCAGAACAUGCAGUCAAAGGUGGUGCUAAACGGGUGGGUGGGUGUGGGUGUUGGAACACCCCCAGUCGUCAGGUAGUCGGCAAAUUAUCUAAUCCCAGUUGGAUAGGAAGGAAAAAAACUAAAAUAUUUGAGUGACACUGAUUAAAAACUAUCAUUUAUUACAAACUAGUUUCACCAUUAAAACUUUGUUUUGAGCACAGGCGGCCCAAUCUCGCAAGGGUCAGUGUAUUAAUGUAUAUUAUUGUAAAAAUAUGUCAUUAAAAUAUAAAUUUUAAAAUGAAAUUGACUUGCCCACUUCAUGGUGUGUAUUCUCCUUUUAUCCCUCUUUUGUUGGACUAAUAUUUACUUUUGAAAAUAUUAGUCCAACAAAAGAGGAAUAAAACGAGAAUACACACCAUCAAGUGGGCAAGUCAAUUUCAUUUUUAAAUUUAUAUUUUAUGACAUAUUUUCACUAUAAUAUACAUUAUUAUACUGACCCUUGCGAGAUUGGCCCGCCUGUGUUUUGAGAAGCUGAGAUUUUUUAAAAAUGUGUUCUCAGAAUGCAGGAAAUACUAUUUCAGAGACCCAAAUUUUAAAAAUUUCCUUGGGGCAUGCCCCCAAAUCCCCCAAGCUAACUCGUGCCUGCUUUACUUGGCUCACAUACACCUUCGGCGAUCGCAUGCUAUCCUGGGGGGAGGGCAAAGAAAAUGGGUCUUUUGGCAGUUUCCCCCACCACUGAAAAAUCCUUAAAAAAUGCAGUGAAUGAGGUACACAAAUAAAGAACUUUAUAUGUAUUUUUAAGCGUUUAAUCCAUUUUUAAGUCCAGUUGCGAUAAUUCGCGUACCAUCGUACCGGAGGUACGCCAAAUUUAUGGUCUGGUACUUCUUUGUUUUUAGGCAAGUACCACGUAGGUACGCGGAAAUUUGCUAUUCGCGUACUUACAUUUUCCUUCUAGCAAUAACUAGAAAACCUGGCAAAGUAUUCAAAACCGUGAAAAAUUUUAGCUGCACAUGUAAAUUCCACGCAUCCGACAUAUUUUGGGAUGAAAAAAGCCAAAACGGCAAAAGGUUAUCCAAAAUUUGCCCUUGAUAAAAAAUUUAUCGUCAUCGUCCGACUGAAAAAAAAAUCGCUCCGGUGAGCGAUUUUAAAAUCGUUAUCGUCAAACGCCGAUAAUUUUAUCGUUUUCGUUGUAGUGUGGACACCAACAUAAUUUUUUUACCAAUCAUCGCGUGUUUACAAGUUAUCGUAUCGUUUUCGUUGUGCAGUGGGGUGACCUGGGCUUAAUUGUCAAUGCUAUACCAAGGCCUAAAAAAAAAAUUACCUGUGGUUCCGGUUUCCCGACCGACCCUAUUUUUUUUUGCCCACUCUCUUAUUUUUUCAACAGGAUUGACCGUGCGACCCUAUUUUCUCCGGGUGGUUGCAGGCUGCUCGCACAGCGUGCCAAAAUGGCAUCUGUUGUCACAAUAAUAUUGAUGUCGGGACUCUACUGAAAAUCGCCCCGCAAAAAAACGCCAAAACCAUGAAAAAAAUAUUCAAAAAUUUUUUUAUUUCCGACCUACCUACCCUAAUUUUUUCGCGAUAUGAAACCGGAACCACAGGUUUUUUUUAGGCCCAAUGAGGAAAACUACACUGUAUGUAGCUGAGGUCAAACUGUUAGCAUCCUCGGUAAGUCCACUGUAAAAUGAGCGAUGGCAUUCGAGUGACAAUGUCGACGCUUUGAAAACUGUUAUAUUACGUUGUACAAAUACCAUAAUUAAAAAUUGCCCAUACAUUUUUUGCUUUUGGACCAUGCAGUAAACUACAUGUAUAGGUAUAAAAACACAUGACUCGGAAGUAGUAUUAGGUACGUCUUGACUCUUAAUUAAGUUUGUACCAGAUCAGGUACAUGGCAAAAGUUGUCGGAGUACCAGUCAGGUACGGCUAAAAAUAUUGAAUUAUCGCACCCUGUUUAAGUGAAUACACAUUUUGCUGGGCUGCUUAUGGUGGUCUACGCGUGGUUUUAUUAUGGAAAUUUCACAUGUCAUUUAAAAUGUGACAUUUAGUGUGGAAUUGGAACAUUUCAAAUGUGAAAUUGCUUAUUUCAUACUGAUGUAAAUCUUUAGCAUUUUCAGAUAUGAAAUUUCAAUUUCACGUAUUCUUUCACAUGAAAAUUAAUUUCGCAUGCGAAAAAUAUUAUUUCGUGUGUGGAUUUUAAACAUUCACAUAUGAUAUUACGGGGGAGAGCAGUGGGGGCACUACGAGUAAAACUAUUGUUUGUUUUCAAUACAGGAGACACCUGAGCUAAAUUAACGUCAUUGCUACUCGUUAACACAAUAUAAGUUAUAAAACGUGCAAUUUGGAACAGCAGUUUUAUUACUGGAAGACACUUACUAUUAAGUCCAGUUUGGAUCAGCUGUUUUAUUAGUACUGGAAGAAACUUAAUCUAUGUUAACUUCGUUAACGCUAUAGGUAAUUUAUUAAUGUUUUCUCCUCAGGCGUCUGGUAAGGGAACCUUUAUUGCUCUGCUGUACGUAUGUUACUAGAAACCAUGCAGACAGUUGCAAUAAAGUGUCACAGAAAAUACAAUCAACGGGAUGGAAGGUUGAUAGCCUGAAAUGUCAGGCGUGGGGAGAACGCCUGACAUUUCAGGCUAGAAGGUUGACUCCUUGCUUGCGUUUCCGUUCAAUGCGAAAAUUCUAUACAUUCUUGAUUUCUUGUUAAUCUUGACAGUUCCCGGAGCGCCUCAGUCCUUGCUUUGUCUCAACCGAACAACAUCGCAAAUAAAAGUAGCCUGGGAACCACCUGAGUUGACCAAUGGGAUUUUGAUGUGUUAUCACGUGACUGUGAAAGGACCGAAAGGUAAGCAAGAAUGUUUGAGAUGUCUUUGAAAAAUAUCGUAUUUACUCGUAUAAAAGCCGUGGCGCUAGAGCUUUGAAUUUUUAGUGUUUUGGAUGUGGCGCCUGGUUUCCAUAUAUGGUCGUAACGGUCGUAAAGAUUGAGUCACGAUCUUUCUCAUCAGCCGAAAUACAACAUUUUAGAACUGAAAAUACGCGAAGUGAUUAUAACUAGAGAAUACCUAUGAUUUAUAUGUGGUCUACAUGUACAGGUAUAAACUAUCAUAAACUAGCCGUUGAGAAAGAUCGUGACUCAAUUUAUACGACCAUAUGGAAACCAGGCUUUAACAUGGUUCCUAUAGUAAUAUAAAUGCCCAGAUCCUUCUCCUGUGUUGUCACCAUAUGCCGAUCUUAUAAGUCAGUUAUUUUGUGGGAAAAGCCGUGCCCAGGCCGAAGAAAAGAGUUUCCUAUAAGCCCUUGUGUAUUUUUUAUGUCUUAAUGCGUAGAUGAAGGCAUUAGCAAUGGAGUUUAUACCAAGCAGCUCGAGAACGAUCAGAUAUGGAGUGUAUAAGGAACAUGAAUAUCCGUUUGAAGCACUAAAUAUGACAGCCAAGACAACAGAUGGAACAAAACAACAUGUCAAGACUCCAACGAUAAUGGCGAAUGUCUUCAUAGCUUUUACUUCCUUUGCAAGAUGACGGAACCAAGUCAUGUUUUGUUCCGACUCUGACUGUUGAGGCUGUAACACGAAUUCUGAUGCCAUCCUUUGUCUUUGCUCUUUGACGAUCUUGAACAUUUUGUAAUUCAGGGUUGUCAUUACACAAAUAGCGGUUAAUUGUUGGAUGAUGUGUAACCAUACAACAAGUCGUGAACAAUUAUAUUUAAUGCAUGUUUUGCUGGGGUCCCUAUAAAUAUAUGCGAGUGGGAGCUGAAUUACCAAUGCAGCUAACCAGAUACAUGUGAAUAAGUUUGGAAGUUCUUCGUGUUGUCACGAUCAGUGGAUAUUUCAGUGGCUUCGCUAUAUACAGAUAUUUGUCAAUUGUGAUGGAUAGUAGCAUCGUUAUGGAAAGGAAUAAAGAACUGUAGAAUGCGGUAUGCGUUAUCGUCCAAAACAGGUGUUCAUCUUUCACUUCUUCAUGAAAUAACUGAACAAUCUUUCUUGGAUAAAGUGUUAAACAGACGAGAAGAUCAGCCAAAGCAAGGUGUGUAACCAACCUGCUGCUUGGAGUUUUUUCUUGGUUCAGAAAAAUGUUGUAAAUAAUAACUGCAAUGUUUCCUAAUACACCAAGAAAUAAGAAGAUGAAAUGAAAUACCAUUAAGAUAACAGGGUCAUCAUCGCCGCCAAGUUUGCUUGAGCAAUUAUAAUUACUCAUCCUUGUUCCCUGUUCUUCUUUUCAAAAAUAUCCGUUGCGUGUAGGAAACAUCUGGUGACACUUCAAACAUUAUGUUGCUUUAAAUACAAAGCAACUUUUGUAGACAGGUGACAAGUGCCGUGUAUUCAAGGGCAUAUUUGCAUGAUUAUAGCGAGCUUAUAGCAUGCGCAUGCAUUACAGAAGGAGAGACCCUGGGAACGAGGUUGGCAUUGUAGCAUUAAUAAUGCUUUCCUUUUAUUCAUUUCUGUGGCUAGCCCGUUCGCGGGCUAGCCAUUAUGUAACGCUAAAAGUGUAAGAGUUGAACAGGGUGGACUUUCGUCGACGCUGCAUAAAAAUUGUGCGGGAUCGUAAGCUUUUUCCCGCAAAUUUUGCUUUUCGAUGUUUGGCUUACAAUUUCUAAGGAUGUUGAAGUUUACACCAUUGUGAUUCACUGGUUUUUGAAAGCAUCUUGGUUUUCGUUGUUGGAAGUUUUUGACUAACUCUUCAACAAUCUAAUGAUUGUUUUUAAAGCAAAGCAAUUGAAAGGAAAACUUAUAUUUUCAUACGAAGAAGAUGAGUGGCGAUAUUUAUGUUGGACUGUUUUGAGCAGAUGCUUCGAAUAACAUGAUAUGAUCGGACCUUGUAUCUUAAAAGUGUACUUGGAACAGCCGAACAAAGUGGUAAAUUUUGUUACCCGGUGUGUUGGGCAUCAUAAUUCACAGGAAUAGUACACAGCGGCGUUGAAACUGGCUAUGAAAUAUUGUGAAUACUUCGUCGAGUUCUCUACCGCCAUGUGACCUGUAGUUUAAUGUGGCACGCGUCUUUGAAAGGGCUUUACUUGACUUUAAUCGACGUGUAAAGUAUAACUUAGGUAAGCCAACAUUUCUUUGUAAUGCAAGCUACAUUUUUAUAUCUUUAAUGUGUGAAUAUUUUUAAUUUUGUAAAAAGUUAAGUGCAAUAUGUUGUUGGAGAAAGUAUCGAGAGCUUCGUAAUAACGCUCAGAUCUUGUAUACAGAUAUUCGUAUUUUAUUCAAAAUCUACCCUUUAUCACCAGUUUUUUUACUCUUAUGUUAAAGUAUAUACAUAAUCCUUGACUUGGUAACACGAUGAUCCACUCGAUAAAAAUUGGGCAAAGGGACGAUCUUUGCAGAGAAACUUGACCGUUCGGUGAAAUCGGUACUUCAGAGACCCUAUUUUCAUUGCAGUAUUUCGUGACAAUUUGUUGGCCGAUUUCUAGUUUAUAUUGUAGAACGGGUUCCUAGUUAAUUAAAUUAAUUGUCUAUCUUCUAAACAGUAGUAAUAAGCGCGACUUCUUUUUGUUGAUGGAUGUUGAACUCAUUUUAGACUUUUGUUCAUAUACAACAAGGACUUUUCCGGACUCAAAAAUUUUUUCAGGACAAAAAAAAAGGGUCAAAAAAAUUUUUUUCGUACAAACAUCAGUUUAAUUAAGGUUUAAAACACAUUUUCCCCGAAAAAAUUUCUUAAAACACGAUUAAAACGCUUGUUUUCCAAAUUUGGGGGACACCCACUGAGCUAUAUUAUAGCUCAGUGGGGACACCCUUACACUGUACCUCCGAUAGGCCCUGUAAUUUUCCCUAUUGAAAAUUCUCUGCACGAAUUUUUUUUUUCAAACAUUUCUGAUCCACGAAUUUUUUUUUUCUUUCUAUUUUCCCUGUUCGAUUUUUAUUUUUGCUUUUGCCCCAUCACUUUUCUAAUGGUCAGCCCCUAAGUUGGAAAUGCCUAAAAUUGUGAGCGUAGAAACACUAAAGAAACAAGAGAGUGACUUCAUAACACGAGUAGUUUUGGCAAAUUUGGUGUUUGUUUUUAGAAUCAGUUCAGUCACGCGAUUAACCCGCGCUCACGUGCACUCCACGCUCACGUUUCUCGCGCAUGCGUAGACGGAAGUCCACCCUGUUUAAGAGUUGUAAAGUUGUAAAGUUGUGACGGAAAUUGUCGACUUUACUUCGGAAACUGUCGUUCAUACCAUGAGGCGACGACAGAGAGGCGACGAUAAAUGCAAAAUUUAUGUCCGCGAUUUUUACAAAUUAAAAUUUGCAUAUGGUCGUAACUGUCGCGAACGUGUUGUAACUGUCGUCAGAGUAGUUUUCGCGACCAAAUGGAAACAUGAAGAAAAGUCUUGUCCCAACACGCUGGCAACAGUUCCCGCCGACAGUUAGAACAGUGUCAUCCAGAUAGGCUCCAGUUCCAUCUCGGCAGGCUAAAAACGUGUCGUGACGGUUAUUUUUUAAUGGAACAGAAAAACGACAGCGUGACAACAGUACGUCUUUUUAAAACUGCCACCAGCUGCUUGUACGAUCCCUGGAUACAAAAUUAACUUGCGACAGUGCACGACAGUGUCACGACAGUUGCAACCAUAUGGAAACAUGCAUAAAAAAUAGGGGUGCACCGGAUUUGGAAUUUUCAAAUCCGGCCGGAACCGGAUUUGCCGGAUUUUGACAAAAAUUCCGGCUAGAUUUGAGAUGAACCGGUAAUGGGGACAAUUGGGAUAAAUCAGUAUUCAAAAUGGCGGUUUUUGUUUUUUACUAUUUUUAGUUAGUGUCAGUUUCGAUUUUUGAUUCUGUUUAAACCUUUUUUAAAUAUCUUUUUGUUAAUAACUUAAUAUUUAUUAAUAAUAUAAGUGUUUUUUAAACUUUAAAGCUGCCAAAUUGAUGGUUUAUCCCAUUCUUGGUGAAUUUUUAAGGUGAAAACAGAAAAUAAAAUCCGGCCGGAUUUCCCCAAAUCCGGCCAGAUGCCGGAAAAUUCGUUAAAUCUGGCCGGAAUUCCGGCCGCAUUUGAAAUCCGGUGCACCCCUAAUAAAUAUCAUUCACGACAAACACUUCUUGGUACGUUACCACCAUGAAAAUAAUAUCACAAUUGUUGUAAAGAUAAAAUAAGGUAUGUAAUAAAGUAUGUAAUUAGGUAAACGUUAAACACGCAAAUUUCAAUUAAACACACAUUUCAAUUACGUCAAAUAUGCGAAGUGCAACCUUUGCUACAUGAAUUAGGUAAAAAGAGUAUUUUAAACAAUAGGUUGGUAACACAAUUGAUGCAUUCACUUUGUGUAAAAUCGAAAGAACAUUUUAAAAUUCUUUUGUUUGUACAAAUUUUUUUUAGUGUCACUGGCACCAUUUCAAGAAACUCAAGACACUUACUUCAUUUUCUCUGGUUUAUUACCUGGAACUGAAUACAAAUUUCAGGUAAUAGGAAUAGUAAAUAACAAUGGCAGCAAUAAUCGCAACGAGAUGUAGCAGCAACAUCAACAACAGCAGCAGCAACAACAACAACAUCAACAACACAGCAACGGUAAUAACAGCAUUAACACAGCAACAAUAACAACGAUAAUAACACGGCAACAAAAACAACAUUAACAACAACAACAGCAUCAACUACACAACGACAAAAACAACCGCAACAAUGACAACAACACCCAACAGCAACAACGACAACAAUAACAGCAAUAACACAACAGCAACAACAAUAAAAGCAAUAACACAACAGCUACAACAACACAGCAACAAUAACAACAACAUUAACAACAACAGCACCAACUACACAACAACGACAACAUUAACACAGCAACAACAGCAACAGCGACAACAACUACAACAGCCUAAUGCUCAUUUACGCUCAUUUAUUCAGGUAUACGCUGUCACAGGCCGAGGUCGCGGUGAGCCCGCUGUUUUACUGGUACACACAGUGGACCUUGGUAAGUUCAUAUUGAAUCAAUUUCAUUUCAAAAUCACAAAUAGGAAACCAAAGACAUUGUGUUUGCUUAUUUUCAAGAUAUUCUGUAACGCUUUAUGAACAUGAAUGUUUAUCACGCGCAGGUCAUCACGCUCCAGCCAAACCAACUCUGUCAGUUCUCGGCAGGCAUGAAAUCCAAGUCGAAUGGGAUAUUCCGAAGGAACCGUUAAGCAGAAUCACUGGUUAUGAAGUCAAAGUCAAUGGAGAGGUGUGUUAAGUAAUUUUACGCAAUUUUUUUGCUGAGAUCAGAAAUAAAUGGAACAGGAUAAAUGUUGAGUAAUAUAUAUUUUUCUGCAGGCUGCUUACAAUGGGCUUGAUCGUUCGUGCAUUAUCAGACGUCUUCAGGCAGAUACCGAGUACACUGUCACGGUACGAUAGAAAACCAUUACAUUGCAUAUUAUAUAAUACAUUGUUGAAUUCUGAUCGUUUAACUGGCUGUUUAUGGUCACGCGAUAUUGAAUAGAAAAUUCCAUUUCCCAAGAGUGCAAUGGAAUACGUUCCAUUGCACUCUUUGCAAGUGCAACUGCACUAUACGUUUUAUUCCAUUGCAUUCAUUGUGUUUUCGAUAAAUCGCAUCCGUCAAAAUGCUUCUCAUACGAAUCUAUUAGUCUAUUUUGGUAUUAAAACAAAUAAUGAAUGUUUAUUCGUGCAAUGGUAAGAAUAUUUUCAUUCGGUGAAAGAUGGAAUGUUCCAUUCAAGUCAGCUGUCGCCUCGUUGGAUGGAACAUUCCAUCUUUCACCUCAUGAAAAUAUUCUUACCAUUGCACUCAUAAACAUUCAUUAUUUGUAUACUGUAGCCUAUAACUGUAUGUUUGUAGAAGUCAAAAAGUGGCAUGUAGAAUCAAUAAUUUAUUUUCCACUGCUAAUACAGUGCUUAAGAGAUUUAAUUUUGUAUAUUUAUAGGUGAGUGCAUGGACAAAUGAAGGAAGAUGCGAAAGUGUGGCAAGCAAAAGACGAACGAACAGAGAUAUUACAAGUAAUAUUUUUUAUUUACGUUUGUUUUGAAAGUGACUAUACUGCAUAUAAUGAUAUGAUAAUAUAACACUAUGAUAUUAAAAGUUUGAAGUUAUUCAAGUUUAUUACCAAUGGUCUUUGACUUUAAGGCUCGUUACACUAUCAAAGUUUCUGUGAUCACAGUAGGAAUUUUGCAUAGGUAAAUACUAAAUUUUGAAGGACUUGUAAGAAAUCAGUAUUCACUGAGUCAGUUCGCUUCGAAUAUUUUGUCACAAAUCCUAUACAAAACGUAUAAUUUACCUACGCAAAAUUCCUACUGUGGUCGCAGAAACCUGAUGGUGUAAAUUUUAUUUUACAUGCAUCUUUUGUUGUACUGUAUAUUAUAUUGUACAUCUUAUUCUUUCCAUUUUUAUCAUACUGUACAUAAUUCGUCCCUUUUUUAAAUAGGUUUUUUAAAGAACGAUAUUUUUUGUUCAAUAUAUGCAUUUUGACAUUUUAUUUUUGUAUUUAUUUUUCAGUUUCAAGAAGGCCUCCGUUGUAUCCUUUUUCAAAGAAGACAAAUGGCAAGAAUAAAGAAGGUGAGAUAUUUGUUUGACAGCUGUUUAUGUAAUAUAUUUUUAUGAAACUUCGCUGGAUCGAAACUUAUCAUCGAAAUAAUAGAUACUCAUGUAUACCAUGCGUAAUUCUUCGCGAAUUAUGUGUCCGAAUUUGGGACUUUUUCAAAAAUUGCACCGUAAUAUAAAGGACAUUUUGGCUCGAAUCUGGGAUUUUGAGAUAAUCUUGAAAGGGUUUUACAAGAAAUUUUUUAUUUAGUCUUCUUUGAGAUUUUUAGUAAUUUUUUUUAUUUGGGGAUUUUAAAGAUUUCUCACAUUAUGGAAGAAUGUUUCGGAUUUUUGAGGAAGUGUAGGAUUUUUGGAGUCUAGAGUUUCAAGUAAUAAUUCAAAUUAAACAAGGCCUUAUAAGGUGGGAAGAACUAAAGAAUAGCAAACCAUAUACAAUUUGUUUUCCCCAUAUAUUUCGGCUGACGUUUGAGCUCGUGGGUUCGAUUCUCGCUACAGACUCAUGUGAAUAGAGUUCGUCAACGCUCUGCCGAAAGUCGUGGCUUUUGUCCGGGUGCUCCGGUUUCCUUCCACAGGGAAAGUUGACAGGGUGCAUGGUUAGGAUAAACACAGUUAAGAAAGUAUUCACAAUUGUUGUAAAGAUAAUUAGUCUAGGCUAUAGUAACAUAAGGCCAAUGGAACUGUAGAUUCUGUUUACCGUCCACCGCCCGCAUGUGCUUGAAACUACCGCAAGAAUUUUUCAUUAUUCUUAAUUAUUUUCAUUAUUUGUCAUUAUUUUUAAUUCUACGCAUCGAAACUUUCAAAUAUACAUCAAAUCAUCAAAUCUUCCAUAUAAAAAGCAGUACAUCGCUGAUGUAUGAUGGAUCAGUCAGCAUUUGUUCGGUACACUCGGAAAUUCGCGAGUCUGACAUGUGCAAAUUCGAAAACAAUGGCGUGACAAAGAAAUUUUCAGCAAAGGAAAGCCCAAAAAUGAUAAAAGAAUGCUGGACAAAAGUGUUGAUGGUCGAAAUCAAAAGAAAACGAUUUAAGGAUCAUUUUUGGUCGGAAAUUAGACAAUAACAAAAAUAAUGAAAAAUGAAUAAUGAAAAAAAACCGCAUCAGAUUUUUUAAAUUCUCGGACGGUAAACAGAAUCUACAGUUCCAUUGGCCUAAGUAAGCGAAAUACUUGAUGUAAUCGGUCACUGAAAAGCCCCAAUAGGGAGUGAGCUGGAUAAUGUGAAGUGAUGUAAGUAUAAUUCUAUAUGUAUAUAUUUUUUCAAUUUUAGGAAAGCAAUGAUGGAGAUCGUUGGUUCACCUCUGUGAUACCUACAUCAAUACAUGGUUGCAGUUUUGACAUUUUGUUCUAAGACAGAAAACUUGUAGGUAUUUAAUCAUAGCUAUAGUCAUAGGUCUCGCAUAUUUGGAUUGUUAUAAAUGGACGAUUUAAUUUAACGUCUUGUAGAAGGAAAUGGUAAAAAUUAUCUUACGAUUUAUCACUCAGCUUAGUUGCAGAUCCAUAGUGCUCUCCUCAACGGUAUAGGCUGAAAUAAGUCCUCCAAUAUGCCACACGUAGCAUGUGAACAGUGGGAAUGUUUUAGAUAAAUGUAGUACCGAGUCCUCCAGUGUUGUCAGGAAAGAUUUAGAUACUAAAAGUAGUGGAGAAUUAAAAAAAACUUUUAACACCGAUCGAAAGCUGUAGUUUUUGUUUUUCUCCAAAAGGGCAAUACGGUUGAUUACAUCCAGAUAUGGACAUUCUAUGUUGACCUAUGUUGUGUAAAAUCAUGUUUACGUAAAAACUUUAAUUGUUGCUGCAUGCAUGGACCGACGGACGAGCAUUUGACGACACUUUUCGUCGUAACAAAUCACGUUAAUUGUAUUUUUAACUUAAUGUAUCCACAGGGAUCUACAAUCUGUUAUAAAGAUAAGUUACUUUACCAAAACUUUAACUAGUGUGAAAAAAUAUUUGGUUAAUUAUUAAUCUUUAGAUCAACAUUAAUCAGUGUUACUCAUAUUAGUGAAUAUUUAAUAUAUGUGAGAAACGAAACACAACAUAACUAAAGCAUAGAAAAUAACUUUUACUUUAAAUCAAGACAUUUUAAGUCAUAUAAGAUAUUGAUGAAUGAGUGAUUAAAAAUUUUAGCCAAAUUCACAGCCAUACUUUCAUGCGAUCUAUAUAAAGAAACAUGCCAUG